UAUACGUUCCCAUGUUUCCUCGGCACUCUCGGCUCCUCUUCCUCAAGCAAAAGUCAGCGCAGCUAGCAUCUCUCUGCCUCCUUGGUCAACGCCGCCGUCUCGCUUUGCGGUGGGGGUAGGUAGGCGGUUUGCGGAGGUCAGUGGUCGGCGUGGACGCGAAUGGCCGAUGACGACUGGGACCUGGGCGCUGUAGUGAGGAGCUGCAGGAUGGCGGCGGCGCCGAGACAGCCUUUGUCUUCGUCUCCUCUGCACACGGCGCCGGUUGAGGCGGAAGCCGAGGGAGGGAAAGGCGGCUCCUUUUUGGGGUUUCCUGAUCUGUUCCGUGGCCGGGAUGGUGUCUGGGAGUUGGAGGAGCUCUGCAAGCCCUUCUUCCCCAAAGUCCGGCAGCAGCUGCCGCGGGCUGCUGUCGCUGUGGCGGGGCCGCAUCAACCGCCUCCGUCGAGGCAAUCUCACCGGCCUGUCUCUCAAAUCCCCCGUUCCAAACGAAAGAAGAACCAGCAGAAGAAGGUGGUGUGCCACGUCCCGGCCGCUGGGCUCUCCUCCGACGUGUGGGCGUGGCGGAAGUACGGCCAGAAACCCAUCAAGGGCUCUCCUUAUCCGCGGGGAUACUACAGGUGUAGCAGCUCGAAGGGGUGCCUUGCCCGUAAGCAGGUGGAGCGCAGCCGGGCGGACCCGGCCAUCUUCAUCAUCACCUACACCGCCGAGCACAACCACCCUGCGCCGACGCACCGCAACUCCCUCGCCGGCAGCACCCGCCACAAGUUACCCUCCCUUGAAGGAGACCACCCGCCCCCGGGCAACCCGUCCUCCAGUCCCCCGUCGUCGUCUACUGCCACCGGACUCUCCCCCACCACCCCGCUCACGAACUCCAUGGAGGACGAGCUCCUCCGUCGUCGGCCAAUGGAGGCGAAGGACGAGGACGUGGACGUGGACGUGGACGAAGAGGAGGGAAUGAUAUUGGCGGACGACAUGGAGGUCAUGGGCGAGGACGACUUGCUCUUGGUGGGCGGCGUGGAGGAAGGUGCUAGCCCUGCAGCCAGCGGCGGCGGAGGCGUUCCUCGGCGAUGACAGUGAAUUGUGAGACUGCCUUUUCUCUCCGUCGCCAUGCGCCAUGGCUGUCUACAAGUAACCACGCGCCUGCCGCUGCUGAUGCCUCCUCUUCUGUUCGUUCUUUUGCCGGCAGAGAGCAGAGAGAAACAAGAGACAGAGACAGAGGAGAGAUAGAAAGGACUACCUAUCACUGUUGAGGAAAAAGAUUAACCUCUCUCUCUCUGUCGAUUGCUAGCGGUUGAAAAGAUAGAAAGUCUUCAACUCUAUACACAAUUUUGCUUCUUUUUAGUGUUUCCUUGUAUUAUAUGAGGUAUUUUUCCUGAUGUGAUCUUUGCAAACCUGCUUCUUUGCA